CCCAAUCUGUCCCUCCCUCUAUCCACCUGUUGCGCCGCGCGCUCGGGCAGUCCGCAAGAUGGCGCGCUUUCCAAUUGUGGCCGGCGACGAGGAAUCUAAGGCUUUCUCUAUGAGAGGGGAACUUGAAGCUGUGCAGGGGUUAUUUGUGUUGCUAUGUGCAGCGUUGGACCGCGGUUUGGAGGUAGCCAACUGAACGGAGCUCCACAUUCAGUGUCCGUGCGUCCUCGUCCUGAGCGGAGCAGGACUCUUCUUUAGAAAGAAUGCCUUCUCCAGAAUAUGCCUUGUCUCCAUGGUAACAGGCCUCAGGCAGACCCAGAAAAACAUUGGGCCAAGCAGGUCCCACUCCUGUCCAACCUACCUGAUCCUGGAUUGUAUUGAAGAGGAUUUAAACGAAGAGAAAAUACAAUAAAUGAUUCCCAACGUAUUAUUCAUAUCCCAUUUUCUCUUUGUAUUAUGCCAAUUGCAGUGCUCUUUCAGGAACCAGGAUGCUUAAAAUCGUGCCUGAAAAUGAGCAUCUGUUUUAACUUGAUGUACUUUUAGAAAGUAUUACUUUCUACCGUUUUGGGAUCACGAUGCAAAGGACUCUGUAAACCAAUUUAGAUGUUUUCCUAAAACCAAAAGGUGAAAAGCUGCUGCCAUAAUUCAAGAUUUUCCUGGAGUGUUAUGUCAGGGAUUUACUCAUUCUCAAUUAAAGAAUCAUAAACUGGACAGGAACAGUCCCAAACUGGUCUGUCCUAAACCAGGACCAGGAUGCACCAGCUGUUCAGCCAGGUUCUGGGCCAGAGGGAUCUGUCCAGAGCUGGGGAUCUGUUCUCUCUGGAGGACACAGAGAUCGAGGACUGCCUGUCUCAAGCACUGGACCAGAUCAAGGCCAUCUCCUGCUCACCGGACUAUUUGACCAAUGACAAUGACCAGGCGGUGGUGGAGAUUUGCAUAACGCGCAUCACCACGGCCAUAAGGGAGACAAGCUCCAUCGAGCUACACAGUGUGGCACUGGUGGGGCUGUGGGAGUCGUGUCUGGAACAUAACCUCACCCCACAAGGUGAAAACACAGAGGACACCCCGCAUGCCAAGAUAGCCUCCGACAUCACCAGCUGUAUCCUGCAGAACUACAGUUGUCCGUCGGUCAUGGUGCUGGCUGUCCCGGUGGCGGUGCGGUUCCUGCAGAGAGGGAACAGGGAGCUGAGUAGGAACAUGUCCAGUUAUCUCUCCCUGGCUGCUAUAGCCAAGGCUGAUCUGUUGGCUGAACACACAGAGGCCAUAACACUCAGCGUGCUGGGAGGUAACCACAUGCUGUUGCGGGUGUUGCCAUCAGUCUACCCCAGACAACCAGAAACCAUCCACCGUCACCUAUGCAACCUCACAGCAAUGAUGUCCCAACUGGAGUCCCCAGAGCAACAACACCUGAUCAGGCUCAUUCAGAUGGUUGCAGAACAACAUCCUCUUAUGUUAAGCCCUCAGGUGCCUGCGUUGGUUGGUUACCUAGGUGACCAGUCUCUUACUGAGGCCCUGCUGGGCGCACUCGUAGACGUGUCACAGGCCAGCCCUUCCUCGCUGGUCAGCUUCCUGCCAACGCUGAGGGUUGUGGGACAGCAAUGCCCUGCUCUCCUGGGUCAUGUUGCCAAAAUCCACGGCGCUGUCGGCAUCAUCAGUGAGACUCACGCUCACAGCUCGUUGGUCUACCUGGUGUCCCUUCUGGGCAGCAUGGAGCACAGCUUCCACCACACGCUGCUGCUGGAGAUCAGAGCUCUCACUGACCGUUACCCAUCUUUACUGGGAGGCUGCGGGAAAGACAUCUACAGGAUGAGCAACUCUUUUACGGCUAUGGCCAGACUGUUGGGCGGACGGCUGGAGGAGAGCAUGGCCACGCGCUGCAGGGCGGACGAGGCAUGCCCACCAUCUCCCCGUGCAUCUCUUCCAGGGGGAGGAAAAGGAGGAGGUGGGGGAGGAGGAGGAGGGUCGGACGCGUUCGAGGAGAAAAUGGGAGUAGAGACGGGAGAGGAAGAGGUGGAGGAAGUGGAGGAGGUGGAGGAGGACUCUCCUGCCUCCCUGCGAUGCUACAGCCUGAGCCAAGCCGUCAGGGAGGAGAAACGAGACAUGAGAUUCAACAGGUCAAAGAGCUUGGCUCUCCACGCUGUGCGCUCACGCUCCAUCAACUCAGACACCGGGGAGGACGGUGACGGAGUGGAGCUGUGUCCAGACAACAUCUCGUCCAACAAGACUUUGCCUAAUCGGCACUCAGAAAACCAGGAAGCACCACCUACAGACAGGAAACCGACCGGUGACGGCCCCCUCCCCAUCACCGCUGCCCCGGACAGAGGGGUCAAAGAGGCAGAGAGAGGUGAAAGCAGAGAGAAGGAUGGAGAGAAGCAGGAGCAGGGCGAAGCUGACAGACUCUUCAUCCAUUUAAGAGACAAUAUGGAGACAAUCAGAGAGUUCUGUAAAGACAUGGUGCAGCAGAUCCCCACACCAGAUCAGUGUGUGAUAGAAGAUUCAAAUCGAGGCUGUGUGGCCAAGCUGUCGUUCUCUUGUCCACUGAAGGGCCACUACUGCCUGUACGCCAAGUCCUGCUUCAACCUGAGCAGCCGACAGCCUCAUCUUUGGAUUCACAUCAUGCUGCUGCAACUACAGAGUAAGUCCAGUGUCCCUCUGUGCUCCAGGGACGAGUGUGUCCAGAGACUGGCUUCCCUUUGGGAGAAGACUCAGCUAAAAGGAGCUCACAGUUUUCCCAUGGCUAUGACACAGCACGUCACCCCACACAGGAAGGACCUGGACAGUCUUCAGAUCCAGCUGGAGGACGUGCGUUUCUUCGACCUGUUUGGAUACAGCGAGGAAGAGGGAGGUUGGCUCUGCUUCAUGUGUAACAACCCUGAGAAGGCCACAGUGGUGAACCAGGAGGGGCAGCCUCUGAUCGAGGGGAAGCUGAAGGAGAAGCAGGUCCGCUGGAAGUUCAUCAAGCGCUGGAAAACCCGCUACUUCACCUUGGCAGGAAACCAGCUACUCUUCCGGAGAGGCAAAUCAAAAGAUGAGCUGGAUGACAUACCUAUCGAGCUGAGCAAGGUACAAAGCGUCAAGGUUGUAGCUAAGAAGCGUCGGGAUCGGGGUUUGCCGCGGGCCUUUGAGAUCUUCACUGACAACAAGACAUACGUGCUGAAAGCUCAGGAUGAGAAACAUGCGGAGGAGUGGCUGCAGUGCAUCAAUGUGGCUGUGGCUCAGGCCAGAGAGAGGGAGAACAGAGAGGCUACCACCUACUUGUGAGACCAAAACCAACACAGAUACACGCAUAAGCUCGAGCAUAUGCAGCCAAACAUACGCUGAGGAACAUUUUUCUUCUAACAGUGUGGCAUUUUUGAAGCAUUCAUAAACCACCACCAGAGCUGUCAAGAAUAAAAUAUCACAGGUAUGGACAAACUGUGGUAACCCUGAGGAGGGGAACGCACACAACACACUACACAGCCAGCAGCACUUCAAUAGCACUUCAUAUCACCAGUGAUGAUGGAGCACUUCUCAAAAACAAUCGAAAUGACUUGUUAUGCAGUAUAUAUUUUUUUUUUUUAGAAACAAGAUUUAUUCAACCAGCAAUAAAAGACUCAUUAUAUGAAGGAUAGUUACAUAUAUAAUAUAAAAUACUGACCCCCUGUACUUACUGUUACACCAUGGACUUGCUUAUGAUGAGAUACACAUACAUCUGUGGAGCAUCAUUAGUGAAUGUUACAUUACAGAAGUGUUAAAGACUAGGAUCCUCACCUGAAUGGAUCUUUCAGUGUAGACAUUUCAGCUUCUGCUGCUUGAACCUGGACACUGCUGUGACCUUCAACAACCAAACAAGACCAGCAUCUACAGACACUUGGGAUUUAUUAGUUUAGUGAUGCCUGGUGAUUGAGAUGUAUUAGAGUCCAGACUUGUAUUUAGCAAUAAAGACUUAACAGACCUCAUAAAGACUUGUAGCAAUAAUGAGACUGAACAGUUGCUCUUGAGAGCAGGAAGGAUGAAGAGGAGCCUAAUGGACAGCAGAUGGGGAGGGCAUUCGAUACUGGAAUUUUGUGUGUGUGUGUGUGUGUGUGUGUGUGUGUGUGUGUGUGUGUGUGUGUGUGUGUGUGUGUGUGUGUGUGUGUGUGUGUGUGUGUGUGUGUGUGUGUCUGUGUGUCUGUGUGUGUGAGAGAGAGAGAGAUAGAGAGAGAAAGUGAGUAUGAUGUGAUAUGCUCAUUCACUUUCUUGCCAAGUGUUAGAUGAGAAAGUCGAUGCCACUCUCGUCUUUAAGCUUAAUAAUGAAGCUACAGUAAGCAGCUGUUAGCUUAGCUUAGCAUAAAGACUGGAAGCAGGGGGAAUCACCUUGCCUGGUCCUGUCCAAAGGCAAAAGUAUACACCUACCAGCACCUCUAAAGCUCACUAACUUAUACUUUGUUUGUUUAAUCUGUACAAAAAUUGUGUAGUUUCAUAGGGGGUUAAACCACCACUUCUCAACCUUUGGACAGAGCCAGGCUAGCUGUUUCCCCGUUUCCAGUCUUCAUGCUAAGCUAUGCUAACCAGUUUCUGGCUGUAGCUUCAUAUUUACCGUACUGUCUAGAGAGUUAUAACAAUCUUCUCAUCUAACUCAUGGCAAGAAAGCAAAUUCAAAUUCAAUCCUAAAAUAUUGAACUAUUCCUUUAAUACAUAUAUUGUCUUCAUGUGUAAUAUGGUUGUACAUAUUCAAUUAAGUGUUUUUAAAAUAAUUUUGUAAUGUGUAUUUUCUGUAUUUUUCACUUAUACUGCAAUUUUCAUCACUAACAAAACUUUCCCCCCCUUAAAGCCAGUAGGCAACAGCUCAAGAAUUACUUUGGAAUCAGAAAUGCAACAACACAAUCCAAAAUAUUUUGAACCAAUUUUCUCUUUCUACUCUUCUACUUAAGUGACUUAUGAGACAACCCCCUUAAGAGUCCGUGCAGUGGUCAGAUUUCUGUUCUUUUGUAAUCUCAGUUCUAUAUGGACUGGGCUAUUUCUGGCUUUCCCGAACAAGAAAUGUCUGCAACAAUUCACUCCAUGUUUUUUACGAGGAGGCCUGUCAGCUCAAUUGUUGCUUAAUAGUGGAGUUUAGACCACAGAUUUCUGAGAGAACACUGAGGUAAAUUAGUGGUUUCCUUGUGGUAUUAGCAACUGUGCCAGUUCAGUCAUGUUGAUUUAAGACAAUUCAGUGAAAGGUUUAGUUUAGACAGCCAAGAAACUGAAGUUAUCUCUCAUUUUAUAACAGGCCUUUUCCAAAGGUUAAAGUUUAAAAGCUGUUUUUUUUUGCGGUCUUUAGAUGAUGUAAAAGUGAGCGUCUGACUGUUAAGAAUUACAGUUUUUCCUCAGAUCUCCUGAUCCUGAUUUCCUCUCCAGUAACUCACAUCUACACAACAUUCCCACAAGAAAAUAAGCCAAUAGCAAAUACCUAUGUGGAACACUGUAACUCCUUUAUGUUACUCACUAACCACAAUGCUGAUGACAAACAUGUCUUGACCCAGUUAGAAUCUGAGCUGCCUGCACCAGACAAACGUUCACGGUCGGCCAUGGCAAAUCAAUUAUUUUGUUCGAUGUCUGAUUUGAUCUUUAUCUGGAUCCACAUCUGAGGUGUGUGUCUGCCCACACGUGAAUGCAUAUCCCUGCUUUAUGGUAUCAAAUGCUCCUGGUUUUGGAUAAAUACAUGAAAUGCAAUGUUGUGAAUAUUAUAAAAAAAUACCUAAGGUGGUCUUAAUCUUAACUCAUGUGACAGACAAGCAUUUUGUCUUUGGUCUUAGCUUGUUCUACAGCUAAAACCCUGCUAGCUGUGUACAGUCAUAACACUGGCUUUCCUGCUGUGUCAGGUUACCAAUGUUUGUACUUUUAGCUGUGCUCCCCUCCAACCCUUACACAGCAGAGCUGACCUGCAUCUGCUUACACAAAAUAUUAUUUACAUCUCGCCUCUCUGUCACAUGAUUCUGUCUUUCCUCCUUUUUUUCGUAGAUUAAUGACCUACAUACACAGCUGGCUAUGAAUCCCAAAAUCAGGGGAUUUCCCCACAAUGACUGCAAUAAGCAUAACAACAUUUUUAGCCUCGCUAGCAGCUUGGCUCUAGGCAAUGUUGUCCCGAGAGGAUGAACCUUACCGACUUUAAUGAUCCCCAGACUUUUCCUAAAGCACCCCCAUGAAGUUGACAUUUGUGGUUUUGGGUGAAAUGCUUGGCUAUUGAAUGAUGACAUGAAAAUUUAGCUUUAUACCAUUGCUGUGCCAAAGUCCAGCCUCACAGAGCUGUGUGCAUGGCUGAAGACUCAUGUUGUUUGAUCUUGUGUGAGGGUUAGAGCCAAACUGUUACUCACAGAUUAGUAUAGUUUAGCCAGCAAACCUGCAUUAUACACACACGCGUUAUUUGUCUGCUCGUAAGCAAAUGUUAAAUCUACAGCCACCCUUAAGUGAAGUUCUAAGUCCUCUCCCAUACACUCGACUUACACCACGAAGCUGACUUUUUUGUGCACAUUGUUGAUUUCUUAAUGUGUGAUCACAUGAAUGUCUGCUGUCAAGCUGCCAUGUAGGCCUAGUUUCCAAACCUCUGGGGCGAACAUCUUGAGCCAAACAAGCAAUUGUUUUAGCGUACUUUCCUCUUAAUGAAAUACAUUUGUAGGCAGCUGUGUAAAUAGACUGGACGAUAUAGUGUAUAUUGUAGCAUCUAUCUAUCUAUCUACUGUAUCUAUCUAUCUAUGGUUUGUUUGUUCGUUCGUCUCAGACUGGAUAAUAGUGAGCACUGCUUUAAAGCACAAUGAGAUUAUAUUUACAGUUUAGAGAGUAGAUAUCAGGAUGGACACUGCUGUGUAUUUCAACAGUUACACACAGUGUAUGUGAAUAUGAUUGACUAGUAAAGUUUCUGAAUGUAUAAAAGCAUUUUUUGAGCAUUAAUAUCCACCUUGUAUAAAGAAUAAUAGGAAAGAUAGGAUUAUUUGUUUACUUUGUACUGUAGGAUGUUGCUAAAUUACAUUUGAUUUUAUGUUUGAUUUUUGAUAUGAGGUCAAUAUUUAUUUUUUACAAGCGCUACUGUAACACUUAAAUCAUGUCUGGGAAGACUAGUGAAACACUGAAUGACCUUUCUUCUUCCCUUGUUUUUAUAUUACUAUGAAUUAAUACUGCAAACAAAUGAAUGCUGUAUUUUAUUGACAAUUAAACUGAUAUUCUUAUGGGUUGUGUAUUUGCCUGUUGCACCUUUUGCAUGUCUGACACUGCCGCCUUGUCUUUUUCCUGACAGAAUUGUACAAUAAAUCUUUACCAGUGAAAUCAG